CUCACAUGCGACGCAGACCCAGAGUCCUCCGCGGGACGCUCCUCCGGGACGGCAAGAGAACUAGUCCAAACUACGUUCCCUUUACCUCUGCGGCGACCCGUAGCGUAGGCGCCGGAGCCGCGGUGGCGCAGGCGCAACGUAAAUGCGCCUGCUUACCGGGGGAGAUGUUGCGGUUAGGCGUGCUCUGUCUGUGGCGGCGGAGACCUCUGGUGUUUGGGGUCCCAACAAAGAACCUCGGCCUUAGAAAGGUUGCUUCCGGCGUCUCUCCCCCGGGCAGCACCUCGCCCAGAGCCCUAAAUAUCUUCGACCGGGAUUUGAAGAGAAAACAGAAGAACUGGGCCGCCCGGCAGCCCGAACCCAUGAAGUUUGACUAUCUGAAGGAGGAGGUUGGAAGUCGGAUUGCAGACCGCGUAUAUGACAUAGCUAGAAAAUUUUCCCUUGCUUUGGAUGUUGGUUGUGGAAGAGGUUACAUAGCACAGCAUUUGAAUAAGGAAACUGUUGGAAAGUUCUUCCAAGUAGACAUUGCAGAAAAUGCGUUGAAAAAUACCUUAGAAAUGGAAAUCCCUACUGUCAGUGUUUUAGCUGAUGAAGAGUUCCUUCCCUUCAGAGAAAAUACAUUUGACCUGGUAGUUAGCAGCUUAAGUUUACACUGGGUGAAUGACCUUCCUAGAGCACUUGAACAGAUUCAUUAUGUUUUAAAACCAGAUGGAGUGUUUAUUGGUGCAAUGUUUGGAGGCGACACACUCUAUGAACUUCGGUGUUCGUUACAGUUAGCAGAAACAGAAAGGGAAGGAGGAUUUUCUCCACAUGUUUCUCCUUUCACUGCUGUCAGUGACCUAGGACAUCUGCUUGGGAGAGCUGGCUUUAAUACACUGACUGUGGAUACUGAUGAAAUUCAAGUUAACUAUCCUGGGAUGUUUGAAUUGAUGGAAGAUUUACAAGGUAUGGGUGAGAGUAACUGUGCUUGGAAUAGAAAAGCCCUGCUGCACCGAGACACGAUGCUGGCGGCUGCAGCGGUGUAUGGAGAAAUGUACGGAAAUGAGGAUGGUUCAGUACCUGCCACGUAUCAAAUCUAUUACAUGAUAGGAUGGAAAUACCAUGAUUCACAGGCCCAACCAGCUGAAAGAGGUUCAGCAACUGUGUCAUUUGGAGAGCUGGGAAAAAUAAAUAAUCUUAUGUCACAGGAGAAAAAAUCACAAUAAAUAUUUUAUCCAGUGUUAAUGUAGUCCAGAAUUUUCAUCAGAGAUGGAUAAUUUUCACGUCUAAAAUUACUACGUUUUGCAGCAGGAAGUCUAUAAGUGGGGUGCCUGGGUGGCUCAGUCAGUGAAUUGUCUGCCUCUUGAUUUUGGCUCAGGUCAUGAUCUCACAGGCAUGAGAUUGAGCCCCACGUAGGUUCCACACUGGGUGUUGGAGCCUACUUAAGAUUCUGUUUCUCUUUCCCUCUGCCCCUCUCCCCGCUCAUGCUCUCUCUGGGGGGUAGGGGGGAAAGCAAUCUAUAAGUGAUGUACUGUCAGACUUCUAGUAAUUAGAAUAACCUCAUGCUACAUCUACAUGUAGUAACCAUUUCAGUUUUACGUGGUUUCUGUUUUCAGACGGAUACUGUCACCUAGUGAUUUGAGUGCCUUAUUUGCAGAUUCAGCCCAAAAGCAAGAAGGUAUUUCUCUGAAAAGUCC